AUGGCGCCUCGACUCAACCUUUUCACAGCCAACAAGGCCGUAUCGGCCCUGCGCCAAUCCACCACUCCCGCACUGUCCUCUCCCCGAAGCAUCGCCAGCCCCGUUCGAUUCCGUGCCGUCCAGUCACUACCGAUUCAACGCCGAUGGAGCUCUUCGCGCGAGGGCUCGAAGAAGGUCGAGCCCCAGCCCGACCAGCAGACUUUCCCGACUGCCGAUCAGCUGCCUGAUGUCACCGAGGAGGCCAACGAGAUAUCCCGAAUUAUGGAUAAGGAAAAGCGCUGUGAUGGUAUUCCUUCUACCCCGGAGUUAGACCAAGGGACGCCUGUUGAGGAGAUCCUCAGCCGCGAUGCGGAUGCGAUGAAGCAUAUGCCGAAGGUUAUGCGGGAUGCACUCAAGAAGUCCAGUGGCUCGCGCUCGUUUUCGACUUCCGCUCGGAGCCUGAUGAACGAUCUGCAGGGCGUUGAGCCUAACAAGGAGGCUAACCUUAUUCCUAAUGUGCCUGGGCUCGAGGGCGCUAGUGAUGAGGCUGCUGCUGCCCUUGCCAGUAUGAUUGAGCAGGUGCAGGGUCAGGCUCUUGAGGAGAACCCUGGGCUUAAAUUCGAUCCGCCUGCCGUCCCCGAGGACCUGAAGACGUUGAACUUCCGCAAGCGCUACGACACCAUGCAGGAUCAGUUCACGAAGAUGAUGAUGGAGAGCGGGAAACUGGCUAAGGCGCAGAAGAACAUGGCUCUCAUUCUAGAUCACCUUCGCACCGCCUCUCCUCCCCAGAUUAACCCUCGUCGCCGUCUCCUCGGAGCUCCUCCAGCAUCUCAGCUUCCCCUCGACCCCGUCCUCUACCUCACUCUCGUCGUCGACUCCGUGGCUCCUCUCUUCCGAAUUCGUCAGCAGAAGGGUAUCGCCGGCGGUGGUACUGCCGUGCAGAUCCCUCACCCACUGACUCUGCGUCAGCGUCGCCGUACCGCAAUCAAGUGGAUUCUUGAUGCGUCGGAAAAGCGACGUGAUGCGCUGUUUUCGAAUCGUGUUGCGGCUGAGGUGGUGGCCGUUGCCGAGGGUCGUAGCGGUGUGUGGGAGAAGAGGGACCAGCAGCACAAGAUUGAACUUGUCGAGUACAACCCUGCCUCCCACCCAGCUCCCACAAACGCACCGGGCCCCGCUCGCUCGGACCAAUAUCAAACUAGCCCUGGGCGCUUAGACUCUCCUGCAAACUCGCAGCCGCUUGCGGAACUUCAUACAGGUGCUGGAGAAUCGCAAGAGAAGACCUUAGAGUCUGUCCAGCCGCAGGGCUCUCGUCUUCGGUUCUGGGUUGAGGCUCUCCGACGUCGCGCUCACAACGCAUCGCAAGGGAACGGCGGUCCUGACUCUAAAGCCAAGAUGAAGUUCUCGCAUAGUAUUCAGUUUAAUGCUGUGCCCGAUUGGAGCUCGAACUACAUCGCGUACAGCAAUUUGAAGAAAUUGAUCUACACCCUUGAGAAACAGGUCAAUCGCAUUGAGGGCCCGUCCACCACAGAUGUAGAGUCUGCUCCGCUUCUGGGUGCUCAGCCGAGUAACCCAGAUGCAAUCUUUAAACGGGCUCUUGGUGUUGAAAUGGAUAAGAUCUGUUCCUUUUAUCAGAAGAAGGAGGCGGAGAUUUUUGAACUCGCGGGUGAGCUCACAAAAGACGCCGAUGUAUAUCUUUCCGAGACGGACGGUGUGAAUAUGGACCCCGUCAGUGAGACAAUCAUCAAGGCAAGCUCCCGUCGCAACGGCAAUACCUCGAUCCCGCGCCGGCGGUCCAGUGCUGCGAGCAAUGACUCGCUGGCGGACGAUGAAGGAGACGGUGGUGAUAGCGACGAUGACCGGUCCCGGACGACCUUCCCAAAACGCCGGAGAUUGCUGCAGUCGAUCGAUGGCGAGUCUGGCAUGGACGAGCCAUACGGUGAUCUGGUAGACUCCUCCUAUUUUGGACAGUCGACUACCCGAGAUCCGCACGAGUCGCACUUCAAUGACGAGGACUUCCUCGCUCUUUACAAUACUGGUAUAUCGUUGAAAAAGCGCUUGAUCGAAUGCUAUGUCUCACUCUGCGAACUUCGCUCCUUUAUCGAGCUGAACAAGACCGGCUUUGCCAAGGCCCUGAAGAAGUAUGACAAGACCUUGGACCGCAGCCUGCGUCGAGAUUAUCUAGCUUCUGUUGUCUAUCCCGCGCCCCCCUUCACUGACGGCACUAUGGCUGGAAUCGAUCGCCAUAUUGAGAACGUGGAGGGUGCGUAUGCGGGCAUCGUCACGAAAAACAACAGGCAGUUCGCUAGACGCGAGCUACGUCUGCACCUGCGUGAGCAUGUCGUCUGGGAGCGGAACACCGUCUGGCGUGAGAUGAUCGAAAUUGAACGCCGUGCACAGGCUGCUAAUGUUGGUAUUCGCCGGACCCUCUUGGGCGGCGAUGAGGACCCGGCCACUGCGCGACGCCAGGGUGACAAGAACGAGAUCCGCACUCAGGAGAUGUCAACGCCGCUUGGUCGGUUCCAGUUCCCGUCAUGGCUCUGCAGCUUGAGCUUUGGUACGCUCGUAUUUAGUAUCGCUCUCUUCGGCGCAAUGCUUUCCAUGAACAUAAUGGACACUCCCGAGCAACAGAAUUGCUUGGCUAUGUUGGUCCUCGUUAGUAUCUUGUGGGCCACUGAGGCUAUCCCGCUGUUCGUCACUUCGCUUCUUAUCCCAUUCCUGGUCGUGACUCUAGGCAUCAUGCGGUCAGACGAGGAGCCUCCUAUGCGGUUGGGACCCAAGGAAUCAGUCGGCAAGGUGUUCUCAGCGAUGUGGACUCCUGUGAUUAUGUUGCUCCUAGGUGGCUUCUCAAUAGCAGCGGCGCUGUCCAAAUACGAUGUCGCACGGCGCAUGGCCACAUUCGUGCUAAGCAAAGCUGGAUCAAAGCCAUCUGUGAUGCUAUUGACCAACAUGUUUGUGAGCAUGUUCCUUAGCAUGUGGAUCAGCAAUGUUGCAUCUCCCGUGCUCUGCUAUUCGAUCAUCCAGCCUUUGCUGCGCAACAUGCCUCCCGAGUCAGACUUUGCCAAGGCACUCGUGUUAGGGAUCGCCCUAGCUGCCAAUGUCGGUGGUGCAGCGUCUCCAAUUGCAUCGCCGCAGAACAUCAUUGCCCUCCAGAACAUGCAACCGAACAUCAGCUGGGGCACAUGGUUUUUCAUCGCACUGCCCGUCUGCAUCAUCUCCAUACUCCUCAUCUGGGUUCUGCUGCUGGUAACAUUCCGCCCGGGCCGUAACGCAACCGUGAUGCCCAUCCGCCCCGUCAAGGAUCGCUGGACCGGCAUGCAGUACUUUGUCAGCAUCGUCACCCUCCUAACAAUUGUCCUCUGGUGCUUCAGCCACCAGCUAGAACACAUUUUCGGCGACAUGGGUGUCAUCGCCAUCAUCCCUCUAGUCCUCUUCUUCGGUACCGGAAUCCUCAAUAAAGAAGACUUCAACAAUUUCCUCUGGACAAUCAUCAUCCUCGCCGCCGGUGGUUUGUGUCUCGGCAAGGCGGUCACUUCAUCCGGCUUGCUGCACACAAUCGCCAUGGGAAUCACCGCCCGCGUCGAGAACCUCAGUUUAUACGGCGUCCUCUUGGUCUUCUGUUCUCUCAUCCUUGUCAUGGCAACCUUUAUCUCACACACCGUCGCCGCCCUUAUCAUCCUCCCGCUUGUCCGCCAGAUCGGCGUUAGCAUGGAAAACCCUCAUCCGAACUUGUUGGUCAUGGCCAGUGCAUUGAUGUGCUCUGUUGCCAUGGCUUUGCCAACCAGUGGAUUCCCUAAUAUGACUGCUAUCAUGACCGAAGUACCCCAGACAGGCCAGCGAUAUCUCCAAGUCCGCCAUUUCCUCACUCGCGGCAUCCCGGCCAGUCUCAUGUCGUUUGCGGUAAUUGUGACUAUUGGAUAUGGACUGAUGUACAUUGCGGGACUGUAG